GUCAGCCAGCGCCACAGCAACCAAAGCAAGUUGAAACGUUUGACUGACGAUUUCACAGACUUUCAAGGUGUUAGGCCUUUGGAAUGUCUGCCUACACAACGCACACCCGCAUGCCACCCGCACAAGUCCAACCUCAAACCCAGGCUGCCCGUCGCCAUCCCUUUACCAAUGCCAUCAACCAACAGCAGGGUCAACAAGCACCGUCGCCCAAGCAGCAGGAGAAGGCAAAGGCCACUCCUCCUGACCCUCCCUUGCCUCGCCAGAAUAGCAAGACUACUCCCCCCUCUCCUCCAAAGAUAAUCACCGACAAGAACCAUCUCUUAGAAUACCAACGUGUCGGGUUUUUGGGCGAGGGUGGUUUUGCACGAGUGUACGAGGUCAAGGAUGUCCGUGGAACCCGGCUUGCGUGCAAGGUUGUAACGAAGACGUCUCUCAAGACUAAGAAAGCAAAGACGAAGCUGUAUGCUGAAAUUAAGAUUCACCGAUCGCUUGCUCAUCCAAACAUCGUUCGGUUCCAUGAUUGUUUCGAGGAUGACCAGAACGUCUACAUGACGCUCGAACUUUGCCAUAGUGGCUCCCUAAUGGACAUGCUUCGCCGCCGUCGGAGGUUCACUGAACCUGAGGCACGCUUCUUCCUAGUCCAAAUUAUCGGUGCUUGCCAUUACAUGCAUUCCCACCAAGUCAUCCACCGCGAUCUCAAACUCGGCAACCUCUUCUUGGAUGCUAGUAUGAACAUCAAAGUCGGCGACUUCGGUUUGGCUGCGCUGAUUGAAAACCCGGGCGAACGGAAGAAGACCAUUUGCGGAACACCCAACUACAUCGCCCCGGAGGUGCUGUUCGACACAGCAAACGGGCACAGCUUCGAAGUUGACACUUGGUCAAUUGGCGUUAUCUUGUACACCCUUUUGAUUGGGCGUCCACCUUUCCAAACGAAGGAUGUUAAAGAGAUCUAUACGAGAAUUCGAGACAACAACUACGAGUUUCCUGCUGAACGCCGCAUCUCGUCUGAUGCCCGCGAAUGCAUACAGGCCAUCCUAACACCUGAUCCGCAGAAACGUCCAACCCUCCACGAGAUCAUCGCGUCGCCCUUUAUUGACUUUGGAAUUGUCCCGCAGUUCAUUCCACUUUCUGCACAUGACGGACCCCCUGACUUCCGAUAUAUCACACGCCCCAUGUCUAUCAUCAACCUGUCGAAACUCAAGAAGGCUGCGUUUCUCGACGAUGAUCAAGUCACAAGCAUUGCGGUUCCUUCUGCUCCACCGGACAACGGCCCGAGUGAGAAGGCGAAGAACGCCAUUACGUCGAGCAUAGCUCAGCAAGAGAUGGAAUUCCAGAAGGCUGUACAGCCAGGGAGCCCUAUCUCUGCCCUACUCAGUUCCGCAAGGCAACCCCUUCUCAUGUCGACAACGAAUAGUGCCAAGGAGUCCCCACUCUUUAGGAAACUCCAAGCUGCGAAAGAAGCGAAGGCUUCCCCACUCCGCAACGUUCGUUCUACUCGUGGUCUUCAGGACAUCGAAGAAGAGGACCCAGAACCACCUCGGGGUGCUAGGGAAAAGAACUAUGAUCUACAGAGACAAAAGGAGCUGGAGUCGCAGAAGGCGAGAAUUGUUGCGCAGAUGGCUCCCGUGAGCGGCCUCGGGACUCGCACCGACGACGAGCAAGAGAAUCAGCCUCCUGUACGUAAGGCGGCUCUAGGUAAAGAACGCAUGAGGGAAGAACACAAGGAACCCCCGGUUACUGAAGUGCGGGUGGAGUCGGCACCUCAGACCAAACUGAGCGGUUUCGAUGCGGCUGCGCAGACGUUAACCGUUGCCUUCGAUGCCAAAGCAGCAGGAAAGCUGUUCCGUGAUCCUCGAGAGGACGUCAAUCUCCCAACCGAACGCGUUUUUAUCGUGUCCUGGGUGGACUACUGCAACAAGUACGGAAUGGGUUAUGCUCUAACCGACGGCUCCGUUGGUGUCCAUUUCAAUGACAGCACCACUUUGGUACUCGCCGCUGACAAGCACCAUUUUGACUAUGUCUCCUCGCGCAAGCACGGGACAGUCUACGUCAGGAAGUGCUAUUCGGUGUCGGAAUUCCCGGAUGAGCUCAAGAACAAGGUUUAUCUUCUCAAGCACUUUGAACGCUACAUCAUGGACCGUCUCUACGGUGACUAUGAGUAUACUUUCGAAGAUUUGGAUCGCACGAAGGGCAUGGACUUCGUCCAGAAGUACCUCCGCAUGAAACACGUCAUUGUUUUCAAGAUGAGUCACGAUGUCUUACAGUUUAAUUUCUACGACCAUUCAAAAGUCAUCCUCUCUUCCCAUGGACUCCUUAUCACAUAUAUCGACAAGAAUUACAAGUUGACGCGUUACACCCUGAGCGAAAUUAUGGCUCAUGCCCUUCAGCCCCCGGUCGCCGAUCCCGAGCAAGCCAAGUUCCACCAACGCCUGGUGGACAAGCUGAAGUACUGCAAGGAGGUGCUCACGUCGAUCAGAAACGCGAGUGCCAACCAAGCUGGGCCCGCUGCUGACGAAGAAGUGGUUCACACUGUCAGUGCCAAGCCGUCGACGGUUUCCCUACGCUAGAAAGACGAAUCGGGGGGUCGAACAAGACAUAAGUAUACCUAUACAUUUUUCCUCAUCCCACAUAUCCGAGACUCUCUUUGACCUAAUCUGAACGGUGUAUAUGUGCCACCGCUGGUAGGCGGGUGUCCGGUAGCAGUCUGGUCCCAUACAUUGUCGAACAUUUGCAUAUGACACUUAUGUAUUACAUCGUAUUAUGUUGAGUGGAGGUGCAGUCCCACAUAAGUACGGUCAUGCAGACUACCCUAAGUGUCGGGUCGACGAGCCUGAAUACAUCAAUAGUGUCAG